UUUCUGCUGAUAAAUAAUGUGUCAUAUGUUAUACCGCGACCGAACGUCAUCAUUACCGGCCGGUAAUGUCGUAAAUCAUCGUCAGUUCACUGAGUUCGCGUUAAAUCGCAAGUACGUCCAUCAUUGGGAACUACGGAGAAUAUUGCACAAGGAAUACACCGCUACUUAUUAAGUAAUAUGCGGCAAGGAGAGCGCGGAGAACGCUUUUCAGUGAGCGAAGGAGAAAUACGGAGAUGAAAAGAGAAGAAGACCACGUCAUCCGCACCGCGCAGAUCCCAGUCAUGUAAUGCCACGAGGAUUCGGCCAAAUUAGCGGAAUCCGGUAGUGAACGUUCCCAUUCAAAUCUCAUUUUGCGAAUCUGAUCGCGGAGACUGGGUGAUGAACUCGGCGUACAAGCGGAAGAGCGCCGUUGUAAGAUGUUCCGCUCCAAGAUUCGCAUUCACACAUGUCAAGUGAUACUCCUGACGUCGCUGGUAUGGUUCCUGGUCGACGUCAUGGUGUUGAUGCUCUAUUCAGACUGCAUCGGAGGGUCUGGGUGGAGCUGCUCGGAUAACAAGCAGCAGCAGGCGCAACAACAGGCGUUGACGGAGGAGCCGCCUCAGCGCUUCCAUCCAAAGAUCCCGGUUAGGGAGACGUCAUCCAAGGAGGAGUCCAGCAAGAAGCAAUAUUUGCCGUCGAGGUUGCACCUGUGGCGGCCGGCAAAGGUCAUCCGUGAGAAUAAGGGCAGUCCCGGCGAAAUGGGGGCGGCGGUGCAUAUUUCGCCAGAGAACGAAGCCAAGCAACAAGAACUGUUCAAGCUGAAUCAGUUCAAUCUGAUGGCCAGCGACAUGAUCUCCUUAAAUCGAUCCUUAAAAGAUAUCAGACUCGACGGCUGUAAGAAUAAGAAGUAUAAUAAGUAUCUUCCAGACACUAGUAUCGUGAUAGUUUUCCAUAACGAGGCGUGGACCACUUUACUGAGGACGGUCUGGUCCGUCAUAAACAGAUCUCCCAGAUCGUUGCUGAAGGAGGUUAUUCUGGUGGACGAUGCGAGCGAGCGUGAGCAUCUGAAGCAAGACCUAGAGGAUUAUAUAGCGACACUACCGGUUCCCACGUACGUGUACCGCACCGAGAGGAGGUCGGGUUUGAUAAGAGCGCGGCUUCUCGGGGCGAAGCACGUGAAAGGACAAGUGAUCACGUUCCUGGAUGCACACUGUGAAUGCACCGAGGGCUGGCUGGAGCCGCUGCUCUCGAGAAUCGCGAACGACAGGCACACCGUAGUCUGUCCGAUCAUAGACGUGAUUAGCGAUGACACUUUCGAGUACAUCCCGGCCAGUGACAUGACGUGGGGAGGCUUCAAUUGGAAGCUCAACUUCAGAUGGUACAGAGUCGCACAGAGAGAGAUGGACAGAAGAAACGGCGACCGAACGGCACCGCUGCGAACGCCGACAAUGGCCGGCGGUUUAUUCUCUAUCGAUAAGGAAUACUUCUACGAGUUGGGCGCGUAUGACGAAGGCAUGGACAUCUGGGGUGGCGAAAAUCUCGAGAUGAGUUUCCGAGUGUGGCAAUGUGGCGGAACAUUAGAAAUCAGUCCGUGCUCACAUGUGGGACAUGUAUUCCGGGACAAGAGCCCAUAUACAUUCCCCGGCGGUGUCAGCAAGAUAGUCCUGCACAAUGCGGCCAGGGUGGCCGAAGUCUGGAUGGAUGAGUGGAGAGAUUUUUACUAUGCCAUGAAUCCAGGCGCGCGAAACGUCGACGUCGGCGAUGUGUCCGAACGGGUGAAGCUCCGAGAACGAUUGAAGUGCAAGAGCUUCAGGUGGUACUUAGAAAACAUAUACCCGGAAUCGCCGAUGCCACUGGACUAUUAUUACCUCGGCGAUGUGAAGAACGUCGAGACGCAGACCUGCCUGGACACGAUGGGCAGGAGGACCGGAGAGAACGUUGGCAUUAGUUAUUGCCAUGGAUUAGGUGGCAAUCAGGUGUUCGCUUACACUAAACGGCAACAGAUAAUGUCCGACGAUAUGUGCCUUGAUGCAGCUAGUCCGCAAGGUCCUGUGAAGAUCGUACGGUGUCACGGAAUGGGUGGUAAUCAAGCGUGGGUGUACAACGACGAGACUAAGAUGAUCAGGCACACGAACACGGGCCAUUGUCUGUCGAAACCCCACUCGGGCGACGCGUCGCAGCCCGUCCUAACGCAAUGCGACCCCAACAACAUCGGUCAAAAGUGGAUAAUGCGUAGCAAAUUCAAGUGGCAAGCCAGCUAAUAUACGAACCGAUUCUAAAUGCAAGAUCUGCACGCAAUAUUUGUUAAUAAUAAUAAUAAUAAUAAUAAUAAUAAUACUGACAAACUGUUUGCUCCGAAACGAAAUACUCGAGUGCGCGAACGAAUGGAAAAGAAAAGAAGAGAACCAAGUAUUACAAUCAAUGGGAGAGAGAUCCCUGUUCGGUAUCACGUCUAAUUAGCGAUCCAGAUACACGUCGGGAUCAUCAACACGAUGACGAGGGAGGGGAAACAGUGCACACAGAGAAAAUCGACUGACGAAAUUUCGCCGUUCAAGCAUGGGAGAAAUCGGGCAAGAAAUCGUUAAUUCUUGAUCACUAUAGGAUUUCAUUCACCACAACGUCGGGAACUUUCUUGUGCUACGUAUUGAUCCGAGACGCAAGAGUGACAGAAAUGAACAUCUCCGAUUGACGUGUGAACGUGAGUGAUACACUGUACGGCGUACAAGUGAACGUUUCCUUUUUCUUCUUUCCUGGCUUAAGCAGCAGAGAAGAAGACAUAUCAGAUAUCACUGUUAUAAAUAAUUGUUAAUACAAAAGAGAGAAAAAAAAGAAAGACAUAUUUGAUAACUUCGAAUGAGUGCAAUGACGGAUGACUGGCCGUUAGAUGGGCGGCGCGAUAAAUAAUAUGUGAAUAUGCUAGAAUAUACGAUACACACUCAUUUUAUCACAAUAUUAUGACGGGGAACGAUGCUGGAAUGCCGGUGAAAUCGAUGUGACGUUGGAUACUGCGCGGUAACAUAGAAAUGAAUUAUUGUACAAUCCACUAAUUAAUUAAGGAAGAGCACCUUUUUAUAUUCAUGUUUCCGAUAGUUCCUUAUUGCAUCUUGUUCGUGUAAUUUAACUGUUAUUAGCAUCAUUUCGCGCGAAGAAUGUACUUACCCGAGGAAUAUGCCUGAAUGAUUCGUAGAGCGAGAUUAGAACUUUGCAUUGGGAGGUUUUUUUUUUAGUUAGACGCGUACGAUUCAUUGUGAAGACCUAACGCGCGAUUUGCGAAUAUACAGAGUGUCUUCCAGGUUUUAACGAUGACUAGACGAAUAUUUUCCCGGCAUGAUCAGCCGUCGCGCGCGCACAUUCGCGAGUCGUAUCUGUUGAUCGUGCGUGUACCUAAAAUAAUAGGUCUAAAGUAUAACCCGGUGAGUGAUGGUGCCGUAAGAAAAUUACGUCGUUUGAUCAUCUCCAGGUCGAACGUCGCGCGGUGCCUUCGAACGCACAACAGUGAGAUCCGUAAUAACUCCGAGUCUAGAAGGUCAUUAUUUCAUUUGAAACGCAGCGCGAUCAUUCAUCGGGAUUAAACGGUUAAUUUAAUUGAAGUGUGUGACAUCGAUUUCAAAGAAAAAUCAUCAGUCGUGAUGUUUUACAAAAUUGACAAACAGAAAUUAUCCGUCUCGGAUUCUGGCACCAUUGUCUUUUACAUUAUGAAUUUACAUCAUUAAUAAUUAGCAAUCGAAUGCUUUUCUUUCUUUUUGUGAGGAUCUUAGAAUUUACAGAAAUUUUGCUCAACGUCAAAGAUUCACGUAUAUGUUACGAACAGAAGUAUGCCCAAUGCAUGCUUCAUCUGCGCUUUCGCGAGAAAACUUCCAGUACAGAUUUUUAAAACUAAUUCCUUCCUACAUAAAUGCUACUGAAUUGACAAGUACACUCAUUAUUCCUAUGUAAUUUAAAAGAAUGUUAUGGUGAUGGUGCAACGUUAAUAGCUUGAUACAUUUGUCUUCUAAGACUGUGGUAUUUUAUUUUUGUAUAGAACACGAGUUGACUUAUAUAUAUAUACAUAUAUAUAUAUAUGUUAUGAUAUAAGCAAUGUGUUAGUCCAUCUAGACGAGUGAUAAAUUGUUCAAUCGCGUUAUAGUCCGCUAAAGUGAUGAGAAACAAUAGUCAAUAGCAUUUCCUUGCAAACACGUCAUUCCUAGCAAGCUGGUUCUACUUGAUUUUAUUUUACGAAAAAUGCUAAUAUUAAUGAAUAAAAUUGACAAUGAACUAUUACAACACAUUUUAAUCAUUUGCUCAACGAACAAUGUCAUUUCGAGCUUCACAGUUCAAUUAGUUAUAAUUGUAAAGUAGAUUCAAUAUUAUUAUAAUAAUCUGAACUGUGUAGCCUAAUCUCUUUUGAAGACAAUAAAAUCAUUUUUAUGCUCUA